AUGGAGUCUCAGAGUAACCCACACAAGCGACAGAAGCUUGGUUUCGAAAACUACUCAGAUUCAAAGGUCCUAUCCGACAUUACGAUUCGAUACGGAGCUUCGGGAGAGCGUACCUUUGAAGGUCACAGACUGCUGCUAAGUGCGAAGUCGUACUGGUUCAAGGCAGCCUUUACCGGUCAAUUUGCAGAAAGCUCCGCCAAAGAGAUCACUCUAAAAGAAGACGACCCCGAUGCUCUCAGGGCUAUGCUCAAUUACGCAUACGAUGAGAAGUCCGUACCCUGGCCAGACGAUUCGUUAGCUGGUACUACUUUCGACAUCCAUCAUAUCUUAGACCUGUACCGUGUUGGGGACAAGUACGACUUUCCCUCAUUUCGGCUGCAACUUAUCUUUCGGCUCAUGACUGCUUUGAGGAGGUGGUUCUCUCGACCUAGCGAGCCUUCUAUCGGAUACGCUGCUGAAUCUGAGGAAUUCUGCGAGAUCAUCAGGAAAGUCUACGACAUCGUUGGUUCAGAACAUCAGGAGGACCAGGACUUAGUGGAAACUUUCCUCCAGGCAAUAGACGAGCACCCCUCCGCUCGCAUUCUCAACAACACCGGCGGCAAGCAGGGUAUAAUAGUGAAGGCAUCCCGAGAGGUAGCAGAAUUUGGACGAGACAUCUUCCUGCACUUAAUGUACAUUGUUGGAACCGAGGAUCACAAGGACGGAACAGUAUCUACAACCGAGUUGUGUACAGGAAUCAAGGUCAGGGGCCUGUUGAGGGACCUGUUGAAGAACAGGUGA